AUGGACGUCCAGCCAUGGCAGUAUGCUCCGCUGCCACUGGGAGAGAUCAAGGCAAGCGGCUGGUUGUGGGGAGAGAGCCGCGCCAUGGCUGAUGGCCUGUUUGGAUAUGAGCAUGACUUUUACAUCUUUGUGAAUUUGUCCAGCUGGCUGAACACGCCAGGCACCGGUGGUGUCGAAUACAGCAACCUCAAUGAAGCGCUGCCGUAUUGGUUCAACUCCGUCGUGCCCCUGGCUUACACUCUUGACAAUCACAGACUCAAGGAACAGGCAGAACAGGUCGCCACACAGGUUCUUGGACACCAGGCCAAUGACGGCUGGAUUGGCCCCGAGGUUGGAGACCUUAGGAACUUCUGGGCACGAACUCCCAUGUUCCUGGGUCUGAUCCAGCUGGCCGAGGCGGACAAGGCGAAAUGGGAGAAGCCCGUUGUUGACGGCCUGCGUCGCUUCAUGACCUUGGCAAACAAGAUGCUGAAGAACAACAGCGAGGGAUUUGCCAGGUGCCACCGCGAUGUGGACUGCUCAUGGGGCCAGGUUCGUAUCCACGAUCUCAUCAUCACUAUUCAAUGGCUCCUCGAGAACCAUCCAUUGUCCCCCGAAGAAGUCUCGGUGCUGUGGGAGAACAUGGACAUGUUUUAUUCCCAGAACCCACGCAAUUGGGACGCCUACUACGCCAACGUCAAGCCUGCUGAUCCGGGAGAUUCUUCCUCUCACCCGUUUAUUCAUGGCGUAAACGUUGGACAAGGUCUCAAGGCAUCAUCUGUCCUUUACCGCAUCAAUGGCAGCCAGGCCAUGAUUGACAUCACACAUAAAGCCGUAGAUUGGACCUUCGCCAACUACGGUUCGGCUUCUGGGACCAUUCUUGCUGACGAGCACCAACACACCUCGGCUCCUUAUGCUGGCAGCGAAUUGUGUACGGCUGUUGAAACCAGUUACUCCUUGGCAUAUCUCUACCAGAUCCUCGGCGACAACGACUUUGCGGACAGAGCCGAGCGCACCAUAUUCAAUGCCUUUCCCGCCAUGAUGACGGGCGACCACUAUGACGGCACUGAAGAGGAGAGAAGGAGGUCGCGCGGCAAAUGGGCGCACCAGUACAUGGCGCAGCCAAAUCAGCCGUGGGCUAUCAACAUAACCAAGGAAGACGGACACGUGCCCAACGUAUUCACGACUGCCAACAGCGGCCUCGCGACGACGUUUGGAAUGGAGCCCAUCUACCCAUGCUGCACGGUCAACCACGGACAAGGAUAUCCCAAAUUCGUCUCGCACAGCUGGGUGAGAAUCGGCGAAAAUGGCCUCGGUCAUGCUCUUCUCAGCCCGACCAAAGUAGUCACCACUGUCAAUAAGGCCCCCGUCACCAUCACCUGCGACACUGCAUACCCGUUUGAAGACACCCUGGUAUAUAGAAUCGACGCCAAGGGGGAAUUCGACCUCUACCUCCGUGUUCCGGGCUGGGCGACCGGCUACACCAUCACGGCUGUGUCACCAUCUGGGGUUUCCACCACCAACACUGGCACCGGCAAGGGCAUGCAAAAGGUUCCGAUCAAGGCGGGAGGCUCCAAGGUCAGGUUCACCAUUAGCGCUGCCGUCCGUACCGAGACGCGUCCCGGCGACAGCGUCGCCGUCUUUUUCGGCAACAUGCUGUACGCCCUCGACGUUGGAUAUUCAAAUACCACAUCCUUCCCGCACGCUUAUGGCAAUACCAAGGGCCCAGGGCUGGACUACCUGCCCUACAGAGAACUCCGCGACUACUACAUCAAAAACACCCAGCCCUGGAACGUGGCCAUUGACCCUAGUACGUUGAAGUACAGCGACGCUCGCAAUAAAGGGUUGAUUGACCCCAUCUUCGAGUACGGCCAGCCGCCUAAUUACGUGACUGUGGACGGGUGCGAGAUCAAUUGGAACUUGUACAUGGAUACCAUUCCGGACUUGCCACCGGCCCUGGCUGAUAGAAAAUGCAUUGGAGAGAAGAAGACGUAUAGACUGAUUCCGUACGGCGCUGCCAAGGUACACAUGUCAGACUUGCCCACCAUUAAGCUCUAG